AUGAGUUCACCACUCCGUCCCAGCACCUCCGCUGCCAAUCGCGGCUUGGGGAGAUUGAAUAGACGGAAAAGAUCCAGAGAGCCUGACGAUGAGGUUUCAUCCGUUGCUCCUCCCUCGAGUCCGCCCCCUUCCUCCCCUCCUAUGCUCCCCUUUGAUGACGAUGACAACGAAAGAGAUGAAGAAGCCGAGCUUCUGGGAGACAUUGACGACAUUGAUGAGAUGGCUGAGGAUGAAGAUGGAAUCGACCUGUUCGGAGACAAUUUCGAGAGAGAUUACAGAGAUGCCGCAAAUGAUCGUUACCGAGGCGAAUAUAUUGACGAUGAAGGAGACCAUGAAGAGCUUGACCUUGCUACUCGUCGUCAGCUCGACGCUCGGUUGAACAGAAGAGAUCGCGAGGUGCAGCGUCGCCGUCGCAUGCCCGCCGCUUUCUUGCAGGAAGACGACGAAGGCGAACUAGACCUUACCCGCCAGCCUCGUCGGCGAAGACACCUUUAUGAUGAGGAUCGUGAAGACAUUGAGAUGGGUGAUGAUGCCUUGGAAGAGCUCUCCCUGGAGGAGUUGGCCGAUGUCAAGGCUGCUAAUAUUACAGAGUGGGUGCUGCAGCCCCAAGUUCUGCGCUCCAUCUAUCGAGAAUUCAAGGCUUUCUUGACGGAAUUUACCGAUCAAGCUGGCCAAUCGGUUUACGGAAAUAAGAUCAAGACCCUUGGUGAAGUCAAUUCGGCAUCGCUGGAGGUCAACUACAUCCAUUUGACCGACACCAAGGCUGCUCUUUCUUACUUCCUUGCCAACGAGCCAACGGAAGUUCUCAAGGUUUUCGACCAGGUCGCGCUGGAUGUGACCCUCUUCCACUACCCUCAGUAUCAUGAUAUCCACAACGAGAUCCACGUUCGGAUAACAGAUCUUCCGAUUGUCUAUACCCUCCGGCAGCUGCGCCAGUCGCAUCUGAACUGCCUUGUCCGUGUCAGUGGAGUGGUCACUCGCCGUAGUGGUGUCUUCCCGCAGUUGAAGUACGUCAUGUUCAUCUGCCAAAAGUGCAACAUCACUCUGGGCCCCUUCCAGCAGGAGGCGAGUGCGGAGGUGAAGAUUUCCUACUGUCAGAACUGCCAGUCGAAGGGGCCGUUUACCGUCAAUUCGGAAAAGACCGUGUAUCGAAACUACCAGAAGCUGACGCUGCAAGAGUCACCCGGCUCUGUGCCAGCCGGCCGACUGCCGCGCCAGCGUGAAGUUAUUCUGCUUGCGGAUCUCAUUGACUCGGCCAAGCCCGGUGACGAGAUUGAGGUGACCGGUAUCUACCGCAACAGUUACGAUGCACAGCUCAACAACAAGAACGGUUUCCCCGUCUUCGCCACGAUCAUUGAGGCGAAUCAUGUUGUCAAGUCGCACGACCAGCUGGCUGGUUUCCACCUGACAGAAGAAGACGAGAGGCAGAUUCGUGCCUUGUCUAGGGACCCCGACAUUGUUGAUAAGAUUGUGCGCUCCAUUGCACCCAGUAUCUACGGACACCAGGAUGUCAAGACCGCGGUUGCCCUGUCGCUCUUCGGCGGUGUGAGCAAGGAAGCUCAGGGUAAGAUGGCCAUCCGUGGAGACAUCAACGUGCUCCUGCUGGGUGAUCCCGGUACGGCCAAGUCGCAAGUGCUCAAGUACGUGGAGAAGACGGCGCACCGGGCGGUCUUUGCGACCGGUCAAGGUGCCAGUGCUGUCGGUCUGACGGCCAGCGUUCGUCGUGAUCCUCUGACCAGCGAAUGGACGCUGGAGGGUGGCGCCCUGGUUCUGGCGGACCGCGGCACGUGUCUGAUCGACGAGUUCGACAAGAUGAACGACCAGGACCGGACUUCGAUUCACGAAGCCAUGGAGCAGCAGACCAUCUCGAUCUCCAAGGCCGGUAUCGUUACCACUCUCCAGGCGCGGUGUGCGGUGGUGGCGGCGGCCAACCCCAUCGGCGGACGCUACAACAGCACGAUCCCCUUCUCGCAGAACGUCGAGCUCACCGAGCCCAUCCUAUCGCGUUUCGACAUCCUCUGCGUCGUGCGCGACCUGGUCGACCCGAACGAGGACGAGCGCCUGGCCAACUUCGUGGUUGAGUCGCACCACCGCGCCAACCCGACUCGCCCACUGCGCGACCAGGACGGCAACCUGAUCGACUCGGACGGCAACCACAUCGACGAGGAAGGCUACCGGCUAGACAAGAACGGCAACCGCCUGUCUCCCACGGCUGAGGAAGCCGCCAAGCGCGAGGCCGCCAAACGCAAGGCCGAGGAUGAGAAGGAGGGCGAGAUCCCGCAGGAGCUGCUGCGCAAGUACAUCCUGUACGCGCGCGAGCGCUGCCGCCCCAAGCUGUACCAGAUCGACCAGGACAAGGUCGCACGCCUGUUCGCCGACAUGCGUCGCGAGUCGCUCGCCACGGGCGCGUAUCCCAUCACCGUCCGCCACCUGGAAGCCAUCAUGCGGAUCGCCGAGGCCUUCUGCAAAAUGCGGCUGUCUGAGUACUGCUCCGCCCAGGACAUCGACCGCGCCAUCGCCGUCACCGUCGACUCCUUUAUCGCCAGCCAGAAGAUCAGCUGCAAGAAGGCCCUCUCCAGAGCUUUCGCCAAAUACACCCUCUCCAGACCCAAACCCCAAUCCAAGCGGCGAGCUGGCAUCCCCGCCCCGAACCCCUACGCUCUGCGCGCGAGUCAAUCGACCAGAGCGUGA